AUGGUUCAGUUUGAUCGUAGUGAACCUAAGGAAGAAGCAUGUUUUAGUUUAGGAUUGAAGAAUGAUACUAUAACAUCCUCGUCUGAGACAAUUGGAAAUAUCCAGCCGACACAAAUUUAUCGCUUCCUAAAGGCUAGAAACGAUGUCUUGCCGGUCUUUUUACAUCGUAACCUUGCCUAUAUGAAAUAUCGACGUCGAAAUUGGCGAAAGACAAAACGCCAGCCAAGGUCUGAAUAUAAGGUUGAUUCUAUCCUUGAUAAAGUGAUGUUAAAAUCGAAUCGCUUGAAAGUAGAUGAUCAGAAUAACACUAACCAGUUGAAAUUGGCAUUUGUUGGAUUAUUUAAUGGCAUAGCACAUGGUAAUAAUGGUCAGAAAUUUAUUACCGCUCGUUCUGCACGUAUCGAAAUUUAUCUUAUUAAAAUCUUUCAUCGUGAACGAAAGGAUACUAGUACUCCUAUUGUUAAACAACGGUUAACGAAAAUGACGAUCCCGUGCAAUCCGAAGCCACUAUCUACUGAAUUUGGAAUGUUAACUAUACCUUGUAACGACUUUUUGCAAAACAAUGGCCAUUCGUUAAAAAAUUGUACUUUGAGGGUACAAGCAACUGUUUCUACAGAUAAAAAUUUACGUGUAUCAGGCAAAAUGACUAAAGAUUCAACAGAAUCAUCGAAUGGGAGAUAUUACAUUGCUGAAGUGAUCAUUUUCGACGAUAAGAAACGAUGCCAUCUGUUAGAUGGGAUCUAUGAGCUAUCUUUAAGGGAGACCAAGAACCAUUCAACUGAUGAUGGUAAUACGUUUAGUGAGGAUUUCUCUUGGGAAGGAGUGAAAGAUUCCAAGGGUUGCGGACCUAUCCUUGCUUUCGAAGAGACACCUAAAUUAAAACUUCGUGUCACAUGGGAUGGUGAUAAUGAUCCUAAUUUCUAUUAUCCAAUACGCGAUAAUAUGGAUUGGCGUAAAUUUGGUAAAAGUAUGCCACAGCAAAAAAAUCCUACUAGCCCCGAUGGCAAAAGACAACUAGCUAAAAGAGAAAAAAUGAUUGAUGAAUUUACAGACGUCAAUCAAGGUGAGAAAGAACUAAUGAAGCUAUGGAAUGGACAUAUUAUGAGCAAUAACAGAUAUAUUGCAGAUGGUCAAGUGGCAAAUGCUUGCGAAACUUUUGCACAAGAGUAUGCUACAGUGAUGAUAAAGAAAGGUUUACAAAGAAACUUCUUACAGCACUUAGUUAAUCUGUAUGACUACACUUUAAUUAGUGCAAGUUGUAUUGAAAUAUCUAUGGCUACAUUAACGAAAUGGAAUGACAGUACUGCUUCUAGCAAUGGUACAUCUUGUGAAUAA